AUGGCUUCCGAAGCCACCCCCCGCGUCAACGCCAAAUACCUCGACUCCUUCACCAAUCAAACCGUCCGCAUCCUUGGCAAAGUGGUGUCAUUGCGUGGAGAAACGGCUACUAUCGAUGCGAAUGGUACCAUAAAUGUACAAUUGAACAGGGAUGCACACCUCCAACUCAACAACGCUGUAGAGGUCGUGGGUAAAGUGCAGCAGGAUUUGAGCGUCAAGGUGUUCCAGGCUACGGAUUUUGGCAGCAACAUUGAUUUCAAUGCCGUCGAAGCAGUCGUGGAUGCCACACAUAGGUACAAGGAGAUAUUCUAUGAUAGCAAUGACUGA